AAAAUUAAAUCUGCAGCAACAACUUUCUGUGAAAAACGAGUUACGAUCGACAGCAGGAAUUAGAGUUUUAGUGAUACUUUUGAUGUACUUGAAAACGAUGCCUCGGCAAGAUAGAAAACUAGCGUUAUUGGAGUCCAUAUCCUCAUAUCAAGAUUUCCCAUCGAGGUCGCCAAUUCGUGAUGAUCAGUUUACGGCCAGUAGAUCACCACGGACAGUCACGGCCGCGCCAGAGAGUAACAGCAGAGCUGUAAGGUCAGCUUUAUUAAAUCUACAAGAGAAAAUCCGCAAGUUGGAGCAAGAGAGAGCCCAGGCGGAAGGAAACCUGAAAUCACUGGCCAGUGAAACCACACACUAUCGAGAUUUAAUGCAGAGACAACAACAUGUGAAGCAAGCGCCCAACGUACCCAGUACUAAGCACUCCAAAGAGCUGCAGAGCCAACUCGCCGGUGCAGAAAGUCGUAGCGAGUUAUUAGAGAAACAACUAGAGUACAUGAGAAACAUGGUACGCAGCGCCGAACAGGAGAGAAACAGCGCCCUCAAGCAACAGGAGCUACAGACCAGGCAACAUGUGCAGGUCACGAGCGAUCAAGUGAGCAGUCAGGGGGUGAAACUGAACAGCUUGGAGAGGGAGCAUGAGCAACUGAAAGCUACGCAGGCUUUAGCCGAGAGUAAAAUUCAAGAUCUAGAGCACAAGUUGAAAGAAGGCAGACACCAAAGAGAAAUAUUGCAGUCAAGAGCUGCCCAGUUGCAGACUGAAGUGAAAUGCAAAGAGAUUUUGGGCGAGUCUAAUCCUUCGCACAAGGUGAAGAGAGCCAAGAAGAAGAAGACCAAACCGUCUAGCAAGAAACACACCAUAGAGUUGCCAUCUCAGCGUAGAGUUCCCUGCACCUCUAGACAUCUACGGUUGAAGAUGGAGAAUGUUCCAUUCAUUGCUGGACAGGCUACAACCCCAAGCCACAAUGUUAACGUCAACAUGCAGAACUUAAUAGCUCUGAUGAAGACACACAAUUCUGCGUAUUGCGGUAAUCCACCUGCCAAGGGACGGCCAAACAGCGGUCUGACUAAGACGGCCAAGUCACGUUCAGUAUCAGUAACUAGUAGCGAUAGUGACCUCUCUGAUUUACUACUGGGGCUACAAGAUGAGUUUGGACAGUUAGCAUUUGAACAUCAAGAAAUCACCAAACAAAUCCAGGAGACAAACGAACAUAGGCUUCAAGAAGAUUUAGAGCAGGAAUUAUCGGCAAUAUGUGCCAGAAUGGAGUCCAAAGGGGACCAGAUUAGCAAACUAAAAAGACACAAGCAAAAGAUUACAAAAAAGACGACCGUCAACACAGCAAGACCGAAGCCAGUGCGCAAAGUGUGGUCACCAUCUCCAACAACCACAUCAGCCAUGAAUGACGGAGAAGUAAAAGUCAUUACUACGGUGAAGACCAGAGGUAAAGGCAUCCAAGUGGUCAGCCCUGACCAUAAAUCACAGAGAAACCAAUGUCUGCUGAUGAACAUGAAGACUCUACAAACGUCACUCCGUAAACACGACGUGAGUUGGGAUUAACUGGCUCACUGUUUUGCCUUUAUCACGGCGGGGAAGUAAACAUGACUUCCACCACUGACCAGUGGGGUCUUGUCUUCGGUGAAUUUUGUCUUCCGCGAGCAUUGUAGUAAUGACCCUCAUGGUGUUGGUUUAGUCAGUACACACUGUACAGGUCACGCCACGCACACCCAUGAGCAAGUUCGAUCAACGACCAUAGUUCGACUAACUCUGAUCGAACCCGCGUGAGUCAACGAUAGUUGGACCAGUCUAGUCGACUAAUCGCGACCAUCCACUCGAGGCUGGUCGAGGUUGGUUACCGAUAGCAAUUUGUCAUAUCACAGUGUGCUGCAGGUAGAGAGGACCAGUUAUUCUUAAAAUAGCUGAAAAGGAGUGAGUAUGGACUUUUUAUGUGUUCACGGCAUAGAGGUAUGGUUCACGGUCAUCUUUUUCACAUACGGUCACUAGAAAGCGACUAGAGUCGUUGGCACUUUUAUUUCAGCACGCAUGCGCUUCGUACGUCACAAACUAACCACUAGACAACGAUUGUACCUUGAUCAAAACUUGCUCCAUUCUGUGCAGUGCAGUAUUGACUGUACAGUUCAGGCAGGUAGUGCUGCGCAAAGAAAGAAAAGGAAAAAAAAAAAA